GUGGAGAAGCUCUGCCGCAUUCUAGACGAUAUGAUGCCAGAAGACGUUGGACUGAGCAGCAAUCUGCAAUUCUUUAAUCCUAAAGGUGUGGUUGAAGGUAAUCCAAGAGUCACAAACACAACGAUCUACAAGGGCAACAACUUCUCGUUGUGCAUUUUCUUUCUUCCUUCAGCUGCUGUUAUACCCUUACACAAUCAUCCGGGAAUGACAGUUUUCAGCAAGCUUCUACUGGGAAGCAUGCACAUUAAAUCGUAUGACUGGGCUGAUGUGCCAUCUUCAGCUGCUACAGGUGAUUCAAAUCGAGAUGGAUGCACAAUGAGAUUGGCAAAAUUGAAAGCAAAUAAAACAUUCACAGCACAAUGCAACACCUCUGUCUUAUAUCCUACAUCUGGAGGAAACAUUCAUGAAUUUAGGGCUAUUACACCAUGUGCAGUGCUUGAUGUGCUUGGACCGCCAUAUUCCAAAGAUGAUGGGCGUGAUUGUUCAUAUUACAGGGACAUUCAUUAUGGUGCUUCAUUAAGCGGAGAUGUGAAUGUUGCAGAAGCAGAUGAAGAUAAUGACCUGUAUGGAUGGUUAGAGGAGAUUGAAAUACCAGAGGAGUCAAAAAUGGAUGUUAUCCAGUACUUGGGUCCACGGGUUGUAUAGAGUAGUAGAAUUCUUAGUAGGCUCUCAAAUGCAGGUUGCAGUUUUUGUUUCGUUUUCAUUAGAGAGGUAGGAUGCCCUUUUUUUCUUCCACUGCCCAUAGUUACUGUCUUGUUUCCAGAUAUCAUCAUGUAACAUGUGUAUGCCUACACUCGGUUUGUAGAUUUAGAAGCUUUCCUUAUAGUUGUAUAUAAAUUACUGCGAGAUGUAUAUAAAGUUAUAAAUAGAUAGAAGGGUUUUAUAUGGAGGCUGGCAAUUGAGAAGUCCUUUUUGUCAUUUGGAAAGGCUUAUACGGGGAAUGUUCC